CAGCUGUAAUGGACAACGCUGUUAUGGCUACGGACGAGACCGGUCGUCCCUUCAUCAUUGUGAGGGAUCCCGGCAUGAAGCAGCGUAUUCACGGCACCGAAGCCAUCAAGUCGCAUAUUCUUGCCGCGAAGACGGUCACCAACAUCAUCAGAACAUCCUUGGGUCCUCGAGGCUUGGACAAGAUUCUCAUUUCGCCUGAUGGUGAUAUCACCGUGACCAAUGACGGCGCGACGAUUUUGGGGCAGAUGGAGGUUGAGCACCAGAUUGCUAAGCUUUUGGUUCAGCUGUCAAAAUCACAAGAUGACGAGAUUGGUGAUGGUACUACUGGUGUUGUUGUCCUUGCUGGUGCGCUUCUUGAGCAGGCUGAGGACCUUAUUGACAAGGGUAUCCACCCCAUCCGUAUCGCUGACGGUUUCGAUCGCGCUUGCAAAGUUGCCGUGGAGCAUCUUGAGAAGGUGUCUGAUGUCGUUCCCUUCUCAAAAGAAGACACGUCAAAUUUGUUGAAGACCGCCAAGACCUGUUUGGGCAGCAAGAUCGUCUCGAAGGCACACACUCAGUUUUCUCAGAUUGCCGUUGAUGCGGUACUCUCGGUUGCCGAUUUGGAGCGCAAGGAUGUUGACUUCGAGCUUAUCAAGGUUGACGGAAAGGUUGGAGGAUCUCUCGAGGACACUACCCUUGUCAAGGGUGUUGUUAUCGACAAGGACAUGUCUCACCCGCAGAUGCCCCGUGAGGUCAAGGACGCCAAGAUUGCUAUUCUUACCUGUGCAUUUGAGCCCCCGAAGCCUAAGACCAAGCACAAGCUCGAUAUCACCAACGUCGAUGAAUACAAGCUGCUACAGAACUACGAGAGGGAGAAGUUCCAGGAGAUGAUUAAGCAGGUGAAGGACACGGGCGCGAACUUGGUUAUCUGCCAAUGGGGUUUCGAUGAUGAGGCAAACCACCUGUUACUGCAAAACGAGCUUCCUGCUGUAAGAUGGGUUGGAGGGCCAGAAAUCGAGUUGAUUGCUAUCGCUACCAACGGCCGUAUCGUUCCUCGUUUCCAGGACCUUUCCGCAGAGAAGCUCGGAUCAGCAGGUACUGUCCGGGAGCUUUCUUUCGGUACUACACGGGAUCGUAUGCUCGUCAUUGAGGACUGCGCAAACACUCGUGCCGUCACCAUCUUUGUGCGUGGUUCCAACAAGAUGAUUAUUGACGAGGCCAAGCGCGCCCUCCAUGAUGCUAUCUGUGUCGUCCGCAACUUGAUCAAGGAUAACCGUGUUGUUUACGGUGGUGGUGCCGCUGAGAUCGCAUGUUCGCUUGCCGUCGCAGACGCUGCUGACAAGAUUCCCGGAAUCGAGCAGUAUGCUAUGCGCGCUUUCGCGAACGCCUUGGACGCGACUCCCUUGGCCUUGGCAGAGAACUCUGGUCUGGCACCAAUUGAGACUCUGACAAGUGUCAAGUCACGACAGGUGAAGGAGGGUAACUUCAGGUUGGGUGUGGACUGUAUGCAGAAGGGAAGCAACGAUAUGCGCGAGAACUUUGUUAUUGAUCCUCUGAUCGGAAAGAGACAGCAGUUCUUGUUGGCGACCCAAUUAUGUAGGAUGGUUUUGAAGGUGAACGAUGUUAUCAUCACGGGUACGGAAGAGGCUCAAUACUAGAGCGGUACGAGCAAGGA